UUGAUCCACAUGUGUUGGGGUGGAUUGGAGUAGAAUUUGAACUACCCUGAUUCACUCCACAUGUGACAUGUGGAUUGAGGUGAAUACGAUAACAUCCAAACAAGGACUAGAAUGGAGACAGGUUCUAAUCUAAUCGUCUGAAAGUUGAAAAUUGAUGUUGAACUACCCCAAUCCACCCCCAACUGAUGUUGUAGGCUCGCAGAGCUGUCUUGGUUCUAGUCGUCUGAAAGUUGAAAAUAACUCACAAACGAGUGGAGGAAGAAGCAGGUUCUGUAUUCCCUUUGAUUGGAUAAAAAGCUCAUUCGCCCUUUCUGUGAUUCUUCUCCAACUUGCUCAAAGCAAUUCUUGCUGGUCUGCAUGUCAUGCCGCCUCCAAACUAGUAUUCCUCUUCGCUAUUAAAGCCGAGAAGCAAAAACCGCGGACCGCGACCUCACCGGAAAACGAUGGCCAAUGCACUGUCAGGCCAGAAAGCCGGCGAGGUCACGGCGACGCCGAAUCCGUUCGAGUUCCAUGUGUACGGCCCGCGACACCUGUCGUCUCCCAGCUGGUGGGAUCUCCUCCGUUCGAGCUGGAAAGAUCCCAACUACCGGCGCAUGGUGAUCGCGUGCUUCAUCCAGGGGGUGUACCUGCUGGAGCUGGACCGGCAGGACAAGCGCGACGAGCGCACGGGCCUCGCGCCGCAGUGGUGGCGCCACUUCAUGUACAGGCUCUCCCAGACACUGGUCGACGAGCGCGACGGCUCCAUCUACGGCGCCGUGCUCGAGUGGGACCGCCGGGCCCUGCUAGCCGGCUACGCGCCGUUCCGCCCCGCCGGCGCGCCGGCCGCCGUCGUGGCGCUCCGCGGCACGCUGCUGAGCGGGGCCACGUUCCGGCGCGACGUGGUGGACGACCUCCGGUUCCUGGCCUGGGACAGCCUCAAGGGCUCGGUGCGGUUCGCCGGCGCGCUGGCCGCGCUGCGGUCCGCGGCGCGCAGGCACGGCGCCGGGAGCGUGUGCGUGGGUGGGCACUCGCUGGGCGCCGGGUUCGCGCUCCAGGUGGGCAAGGCGCUGGCCAAGGAAGGCGUGCUCGUGGAGUGCCACGUGUUCAACCCGCCGUCCGUGUCGCUGGCCACCAGCCUCAGGGGCUUCGCGGAGACGGCCGGCGAGGUGUGGGGCCGCGUGCGCUCGUGGCUGCCCUACGUGGGCUCAGCUCCGGCUGCGGCUGCGGCUGCGGCUGCGACCCCGGCCGCGGCGGACGCGAAGGAAGUGACGCUGGAGGGCGCGGGGACGGCCAAGUGGCUGCCGCACCUGUACAUCAACACCAACGACUACAUCUGCUGCUACUACACGGACGCGGCGGCCGGGACGGCGACGGUGACGGCGAGAGGAGGAGGAGGAGGAGGAGGAGGGAGCGGGAGCAGUAAGGCUGCUGGAGGAGACGGUGGCAUGGGAAAGCCGGGGCUGGCGAGGAUGCUGACGGUGUCCAAGGGGCCGACCAGUUUCCUCGAUGCGCACGGGCUGCAGCAGUGGUGGGCCGACGAUGUGGAGCUGCAGGUGGCGCUCAACCACAGCAAACUCAUCGACCGCCAGCUGAGGUCGCUCUAUGCUGCGCAGCCGGCAUCGCCGCAAGUGAGCCUGUAGGCUGUGUGCCUGUGUACAGCUGAGAAAUAAAAAGCAACGCACCACUGCGGCUAGUAUGAGUAUGAUCCUAGCUGUUGAUGGAUCGGUCAUUGGUGAAUGAUGCUCCGCUGAGCGCACUGAUGAUGAGCGUUCCCAAGUACUUGAACAUUUCGGAUUCCAAACACAA